UUAAGUUCUUUAUUUCUCACUUGGAAUUCGAAAUAAUGGGCGACGAAGCGAAAAAUUCAUCCACUGCCACUGAAGAUGCCCCACAAUAUAAUCAGGAUGAGUUAAUUAUGGCUCAACAAAGGCAAAUUGAGAAAGAAAUUUCAGAAACUAUACCUCUUGUAGGAAAUUUAGAAAAUAUCUUGUCUUUAGAAAAUGAAUAUUCACAUGACGCUGUUUAUCAAGAAAAAAUACGUAAUUUAUCUCUUAAAUAUGGGAACAUACGAAGAACAAGGCCUGAUGGCAACUGUUUCUUCAGGGCAUUUAGUUUUGCUUAUAUAGAAAGAUUAUUGGAUAAUAAAGUUGAAUUCGAUGCCUUUUACAAAAGAGCUGAAAAAAGUAAAGAUGUUCUAGUGGAGCUUGGUUUUCAGCAAUUCACGGUUGAAGAUUUUUAUGAUACUUAUAUGGAAGUUUUGAGACGAGUAAGAGAAAUUGAUAACACAGAUGAUGCUAAAGCAGAAUUGCUGAAUCUGUUCAAUGAUCAAGGAUACUCCGAUUAUAUGGUAGUUUACUUACGACUACUGACUAGUGGCCAAUUACAGAAAGAAAAAGAUUUUUAUAGCUGCUUCAUUGAGGGUCAUAGGACUGUUGAGGACUUCUGUCAUCAGGAGGUUGAACCUAUGUAUAAGGAGAGUGAUCACAUACACAUCAUUGCAGCAUGUGCAGCACUGGAAACGGGGGUGCGUGUUGUUUAUAUGGAUAGGGGUGUUGAAAAAGCGGUUACAGAACAUGAGCUUCCCGAAGGUUGUGUUCCAUUUGUAAAUCUCCUAUAUCGUCCCGGGCAUUACGAUAUUUUGUAUUCUGUUUAAAUCAUUUGUUACUUUCAACAUGUUUGCAAUAAAAGUCUUUUCUAAU